AAAAUCUAGUUGCUUUUUUUUUAUAAAUGUUUUUUUCUUCUUAUUUAUUUAAAAUGACAAAAUUAAAAGUAUUUUAUAAUAACUGGAAUGAACGUCAACAAGCUUAUUACAAAGUGACAUUAGAAGAUCUGUUGAGUAAUAAAAUAACCUCAGAUAGCGAAUUAUUACAAAUGGAUUUUAAUGCGUUAUGCAAAAUAGUCAAAGUACCUAGACAGGUUAUACGUGCUUUUAUGAAACAAGUUGCAGUUGAUGUAGUAAAGCAAGAGCAACUUGAUGAUAUUGAUACAACAUCUGUUACUGAAGAAAAAUCAACUCCAGCCUAUUUACCUACAGGGCUUGAAAGUUUGGAUAAAAUGCUUUUGCAUGGAUUUCAAUUUGGACAGAUUAUCGAACUAUGUGGAGAAUCUAUUAAAGGGAAAAUAAAGCUUUUAUCGAGUCUACUUGUUUCUUAUGUAACAACUUAUCAAAUUGAAGGUGUUUAUGUAUUUAAUAGUACAGGCAUAUUAGAGCCUAAACCAAUGAGUGAACACUAUGAUCUAUCAAGUAUAUGGAUUCAAAUUGAAAUUACACAGACUUUUAGCUUACAAAGUCUAGUACAAUCAUUAGAAAAUUUGGCAGCACUUUUAUCAAGUUAUCAAGAAUAUCCCUGUUUAAUUAUCAUUGAUGAUCCUUCAAAAUUAAUAGAGCAAGAUUGGUCAUCUUCUUUAGUUAGAAUUCUUCGUGUUUUAUCAAGAAAGUUAGAUUGUUGUAUUGUAUUACUACAUCAUACCUCUUCAGAUGCAUUAGUUACGUCUAAUUCUACAACAGAAAUAUGGAAAACGGCAAUUGAUUUAAGACUUGAUUUUAUUAGUGAAGAAACGAUUCAACUGACAGAAACGCAAAAUGAAGUAUGA